GUUGAGCAUCACGCACCCAAUCGCGUAUUACGACAGUUUGGGCAUGUGCAGAACAUACCCGCGACUACACAUUGGGAGCACACCCACUACACCAGGGACGAGCGUUCGAUCGACAGUGCGGCAUGGCGGGCGCGUAUGCACCAGGAAGUCGAUGCAUGGAACGCGAGGAUGACGACUCUAGCGGCGGUCGGACAUGACACUCCGGUCCAUGAGUACAUGACGUGGUACAUGCAUAUCACUCGCUCCUUGAUUGCUAACCCCUCGACGCCGUGUCUUGAUGGCCGAGGAUAUGCAUCACUCUCAAGAGCGUAUAAGGCGCUGUUACGGAUGACUCUGAUGAUACGCCAUGAGAGCAUUCCCCUUACGGAGUCCACCGACCCCGGGAUAGCUGCAUAUGCAGCACGGAUAGUUCAUCUUACCGACACUGGUAUGACACAGGCACAUGAGUGGCAUCGUGUCGAUAAGGAUGUACCAGAGGGUGUUCCUGAGGGUGGUAGGGCUGAUAGAGGUAGGCGGGCUGAUAGAGGUGGUCGGGCUGGCAGAAGUGGUUGGGCUGGGAGAGGUCUAGUAGAUGAGCAUGACCAUAUAGCCCGUCAGGCUCCGUCGGCUACAGAUAUCCCGUUGACUUCUUCUUCCAGGCCGUCGACUUCACAGAGACCUGGAUAUACGCCAGAGAUGGUCCCACAUUAUGAUCCUUGGUCAUCAUUUCCACAGGUGCCAGUUGGUGAUCUACAUAUGGGAGGCGGAGAUGAGGACUUUGAUAUUAUUUUCGAUGACUACUUUCUUCGUUCUACAGCCGGACCUACGGCACCAUCUGCAUCUCCGGCUCCACAGGCCGCUCAGGAGCCCUCUCAUAUGCCAUCUCAGGAGCCCGUCGACACAUAGGUUU